AUGGCUGCCUCGCAGCCCAUUCGGGGCAAUAACCUCUUAAUCCUAGCCUCUGUACCAUCCAAGGAUGGCCCAGAAACGUCUCGAGGCACGUCCACAAGCUCCAAAUGGAUAACAAACACGGAUCAUAUCUUCUUCGGAGUCUCGAGUCACCUUGCGUCGAUCACCUCCCCUACCCUUCCGCUCACUAACUCACACUCCGAAACAUUGGGAAGUGAGCCUAAUGCUGGAUGGACCAGCGGCUCCCUGAUAUCGACGGCCCAGAUAGCAGGGCCCCCAGAUCUCUCGAUUGCCACGCGUCUGUUUGCGGUAUUCUCAAAAUCAGUCCACGUGUGGUACCCCAUUAUGAACGAUGAGUCUCUCCAAAGUCUGCUCUUAUGCUGCAGCACCGAAACACUUGAUCCUUGUUCAGACCAAAAGCUGGAGUUGUUCUACCUGGUUCUCGCUAUAGCCAGUCUACUAACGAAAAGAGCCGAGCCCUUACUGAGCUCAACACCGGCUGCUUACUUCAACAGGGCUAUCUCCAAUGCUGACACAAACUGCGAUCAUUCUUCUGGACCCAGUACUUUGCACAUGAUGCAGAGAUCUCUGCUCAUAUGCAUAUACUUGCUCUUGAGCCCCGGCAGUGGUGAUAUUUGGAGGAACCUUGGCUUUGCCAUCCGCCUCCACUUUGAUAUGUCGCAUGGUCGUUCCGAAAACAUGUACCUUGAUGAAGGCCAUCACACGAUGCUUGCCAGAACAUUGUACUGCAUCGAGGGAAACGUAACCACCGCAUUUGGUCGGCCAACGGUGUUGACAAUAGGAGAUGAAUUACGUUAUGAAUUAACCUUGCCGGGUGACACCGUGGAAGAGGGUAUAUCUAUACAGUUCUACCGCAUCUCGACAAUCAAGAUGCAACUCCAAAGCCUGCUCUCCGCAGCGACCGUGCAGCAUAAUCCGGCGAGGCUAAAAGAGAGAUGUGAGAAUAUUCAAAAAGAACUGCUCGAGUGGCAUCAAUACUGGAAGACAGACUUCGUGCCCGCUAUCACGAGCGAGGUGCAUGGCUGGGGAGGUGCCGUCCAAUAUUUGGACGCAUGGGGGAGUUUGCAGUACAACGCGAGUAUCCUCAUGAUCUCGAGAUUCUCACCAGAAGCAACCGAAUCUAUUUUCGACACAGCUCGACAGGUUGUGUCUUGCAGCACCAUUCUCGUCAGACACAGCCAGCGUUCUUUUUGUGCUAUCCCUGACGAUGAAACACAGUACAAGGUGCCAGUUUUCCCGACCGAUUGGACCAUGUCCCAUCUUUUAUUCGCCACUGCGCUUCACUUGCUCUCUUUCGAGAAGCAGAGUGCGGCGGACCGUACUGCUUGGCAACGAACAGUGCGAUCUUGCCUCACAACUCUGGCGUUGAUGGAGGCUGACCCAGCCAACUUGUCCAUGGGAUUCUCUGAUAUAAUAGAAGGGCUGUGCAGCCGCCAUGAGGAACAUACAUAA